AUGGAUUCUUCGUCAAUUGUAAGUUUCAAUAAUGAUUCAACAUAUCAGACUACUCUAAAAGGAGAAUAUGAUAACGUAAGUGUUCACGAAUUAGCUUUGCAUGCAAUGCGAGAUCGAUGUUUACUUUUGCAAAGAAGAAUAAACACUUUAGAAAAUGAUAACAUGAAAUUAAAACUAGAUAUAUCAAGGGCUACUGGAAAUUCUUCUUACAUUCCAUUACAAGAAGAUGAGAAAACGCAACUCUAUCAACAAAUAGCAGAACUUAAUAAGCAGAAAUCGCAACUCAUUCAUCAUGUUUUUAUGGUAUCCUGUGAAAACAAAAACUUGUGGAAUAAAAUUUCUUCAUUAAAGGGUCAAGAUAAAUCAUUUAAUAAAGAUUUAUGUAAGCGGCCUUUGUUACGCACACAUACUUAUAUUCAAAAUAUGCCAAGGCCUAGUACAAACUAUCAAGAAAAAUAUUCUGAAUCAAGCUUAGAGGAGAUUUCUCUUAAGUUAAUUAACAGCUACAUUCAAGAAAAAUCCCAACUGGUUGAGCAGUAUGAACAAAUGUCACAACUUCAAGAAAUGGAUGAUGAUAUUUUAAAUGUAGAUUCAGUAGGAUUCACCUUUAUGGAAGAUCCUGCCCUUGAUUCAUUAAAAGAGAUACAUAAUCAAAUAGAAAAAUUGCAACAUUUAAAAAAAGAACUUAUCCAACAAGAAAAUGAUUUAAAAUUAGUAAUUUCAAGUCUUGAAACUGUGUUAAUAGAGGGUUACAAAUGUCCAAAUUGUAUUAACAAUAAAACAAGAAUAACAGCUACAGACAAUAAGGAGGUUGAAACAAGUGGCAGUCUUGUUGAUUUGACCAACACUUUACAGUCUAACAAAUAUACUGACUCUUCACCUGGUUAUAAAGAUUCAGAAAGUGAUGAAAAGGAUCUUACAGUAGAGCAAUUUGAUAAAAUCUGUCCCAUGUGUGGACAAACUUUCAAAAGGGAUGUUGAAUUUACAGAAUUUCAAUCACAUGUGGAACAACACUUUAUAGGAGAAAGUGGAAUAGAUUCAUUUACUGACAAUUUAGAUGAUAGUCCUAAUUCUUUUGAUAAUAAGAAGUUCGGAAACACGAAUGUUUGUGGAAUCCAACAUCCCCAUAUUAUAAAGAUUCAGAAAAAAGAGAAGCCUCCUGGCGCGCCAUUAUACAAACAACAAAGAUGGAAAACAGUAACCAAAGUAGCGAAAAAUACUUGGAAAAAAUUGCGAGACAACCAUAGGGAAGCCUUAAAAAGACAGAAGGAUGGAAAAAGUGGUCAAGCUGCCAACAACACGCGUCUUUGGAAAUUCCAGAAAGUUAUGGAAUUCCUUGUUCCAUACAUGCAAAAUAGGAACACAACUGGAAAUUAUUCCCAAGAUAAUUCACAGGUGUCUCAAGAAAGUAAUCAUACUCAAGUUUCGGAAUUGGACGAGGACAACUUUGAAGUAGAAAACGAAAAUGAAAACAGCCAAUCUUCUAAUAUAACUGCUGCAAGUUCCGAAACCACAUCACAAAAUACAAGCACACCUUUAACACGAAAACGUGUACAUAGUGUUCAACAUGAAAUUUUAAAUUUUGUUAAGAUCCAGCAAACAGACCGAGAGAAAAGAAAAACAGAACGUGAUUUGAGAAACCAACUUGGUCUUAAGAGAAAUAUUUUUAAUUUAGUUACGAAAGAAGAAGAGUUAAACAUUUACAAUGAUAUGUAUGCAUCUGAGAGUUAUAAUAGUGCCUUAACUAGUACUCGAGGUAUAAAGCUAAGGGUCCAAUCCUCAGAUACCAAUUGUCAUACAUUACACAAUGUGUUUACAUCUCCAAGUGGUGCCUCAAAUCAAUCUGUAGGAGGAUAUACAGCUGAACAAGAUGCCAAUGACCUUACAGUCGGUGGGAACACCGUGUUCGGAGCGUAUGCAAGAGAGGAGGCCAAUGCUACUUCGCUAAUUGAUUAA